AAUAAAUUGCAGCAUAGACUAUUGGGUAGUGGUGCACCUCAGCAGCAUCAGCAGCAUCUCUGGUGAUCUCCUGCAGGGGACCAACAACUCUCUCUCAGGUUUAUGGAAACCUGACCUCCCAUUGGUGGAGAAGUGCAUGAGGAACCCAGCUCUGCUGCAGAGGACAGGUUUAGUCAUUAGAGUGCUUUGCCACAUCCAGGAAAAUGUCUGGCUCCUACGAUGAAUGUGCAGGUGCUGACGACACCAUGGACAGCUUCUGGGAGGUGGGGAACUACAAACGUGCUGUCAAGAGAUUUGAUGACGGCCAUCGGCUCUGCAAUGACCUUAUGGGCUGCCUGCAGGAACGUGCCAAGAUAGAAAAAUCCUAUGGUGAUCAGCUAACGGCAUGGUCCAAGAGAUGGAGACAGCUCAUUGAGAAAGGCCCACAGUACGGCUCAGUGGAGAGAGCCUGGCUGGCUGUCAUGACCGAGGCAGAGAAGGUGAGUGAGCUGCACCAAGACGUGAAGAACAACCUGGUGAACGAAGACGUAGAGAAAGUGAAGAACUGGCAGAAGGAAGCCUAUCACAAGCAAAUGAUCGGUGGCUUCAAAGAGGCCAAGGAGGCGGAGGAAGGCUUCAAAAAGGCUCAGAAACCGUGGGCCAAAAAGCUCAAGGAGAUGGAAGCAGCUAAGAAAUCCUACCACAUGGCCUGCAAGGAGGAGAAGCUGGCUGCAGCCCGAGAGGCCAAUGGCAAGACUGAGGCUUCUGUCACAGUAGACCAGCAGAAGAAACUCCACGAGAAAGUGGACAAAUGCAAACAGGAUGCGCAAAAGGCUAAAGAGAAGUACGAGAAGUCUCUGGAGGAGCUGAAUAAGUGCACUCCGCAGUACAUGGAGUGCAUGGAGCAGGUGUUUGACCAGUGCCAGCAGCACGAAGUCAAGAGGCUGACUUUCCUCAAGGAGGCCUUGCUGGACAUCAAACGCCAUCUUAAUCUCACAGAGAACGCAAGCUAUGCCACAAUAUACAGAGAACUGGAGCGCACAAUCCUGGGUGCAAACACACAAGAGGACCUGAAGUGGUUCAGCAACAACCACGGCCCUGAGAUGCCUAUGAACUGGCCUGCAUUUGAGGAAUACAACCCAGACCAGGCCAGUGCCCCUCCAAAGAAGAAGAAACCAGAUGGAGCCCCACCCACUCCGAGCACAGACCAUGUGGCUCCACCUGGUGACCGUAGCAGUGUGAGCAGCUAUGAAAAAAACCAAGGUUUCUCGACUGAGUGGUCCGAUGAUGAGCAGCCCACUGCGAACUCUGGCAACGAAAAUGGUGGGAACGGGAAUUCUUUCGAAGAUGACGUCAGCACUACUGGGAAAUCGGUCCGCGUCCGCGCUCUCUAUGAUUAUGAAGGCCAGGAACAGGAUGAGCUCACCUUCAAAGCAGGUGAUGAACUGACCAAGACUGAGGACGAAGAUGAGCAAGGCUGGUGUAGAGGUCGCUUGGACAGCGGCCGAGAGGGACUUUACCCGGCCAAUUACGUCGAGCCAAUCUAGUCCCGCUAUUGGACAUGGACACGCCAUUGGAGGCAGCUCGAACUGUCCCGUCCAAUUGCACCGCACAUAGCCAGAGACUUAAGAGCAACACAUCCUUUGCCCAACAGACGCGCCAAGCAGUCUUGAUAAAAACUUAGUAACCUAAAAGACAUUAUAUCAGUAUAAUAUAUUUUAUCCAGCAUUUGUGGUGGGUGGACCUACACAUUUAAAAACAGGAGCAGCAGUUGUUCCAGUAUAUACACACUCAACUAUAACAUAAAGACAGACAGUGCAGGAACACAUUGCUUCUCUGUGUAGCUGUAUUUAAUGUAUAAUGCAGCUUAUUUAAACGUGCAGUGCACUGCAGUCUGUUCUUAUGUGAGAAUGGGAAGUUAUGGAACAGUUAUACCCAUUCGACCAAGACAAGCUUCUCUAACCUGCAUUGUGUAUAUACAGUGUAAUGCCAUCUUUGUGUAGCAUUUUUAAUGCUGUGUGUGGUCAGUCAUCAUUCUUACAUCUGGAAUGCUGUGUAGUGUUAAAAGUACCACAAACAGUA